AUGGCGGACUCUUGUGAGCCGAAUUUUACCAGUAAAGUGGCCUUCACUAGGCUUGUAGAUAGACAUCUUGACAAACAGUUUCUCAAUCAAAAGUGUUUGUAUUUUUUUCCCUUUCAGUUCAGUAUUUACACACUCGCGGAAAAGCCAGAUGAUGUCGAAGGAAGCGAAGCUCAUGCCAAACGUGUUUUUGAACUUGCAAACGUCUGGUUUAAGAAACUUGACAUAAAAAACACCUUCAAGCCUAAAGUUUUAGCUAAGAUUUCACAACCCGGCAAUAACAAGCAUUCUAUUGGGUCUUCAAUAGCAGUUAGUCAUUUCUUAAGGCCUAUCUGUUUGUAUAACAGAAUAAUCCGUCUGAAACGGACUCUUGCAAAAACGAUUUUGCAUUUCGAGCCUCUGAAACUAGAGGAAGACGAAUGGGUUUUUGAAGCAUUUCAACACAAAAGCGGAGACGACGGAUAUCGUUCCAAAAAAGAUACCUGUAAAAAUUGUAAAAUGAUCUUCUUUGGUGAUCAUUGGGGAGAGGGACAUUCCACAUUUCUUGGAGCAUGUGCAGAGUAUUGCGCUGUCAACGAGCUUCUUCCACCUGAAGGAACUGCACAAGAUAAAGUUGAUAAAGAAGACUCUCCCCUUCUGAAAAGAAACUUAUCUCGAUGUUCACUUCUUUUCGAAGGCUUUAAGGACAUAUCAGAAAAAUGCAUUUAUGUGUGUAAACAAAAAAAUUGUGACGAGAACUCGCUAAAGGAAGUGUAUUGGAAAGUAAUAUAUAAAUUGCACAUUUUUGGUCUUAAACCAGAAUGUAAUCCUUGCUUUUAAUUUUUCUUACCCUGUACUCUGCGUAAGAGGUUGGCAGGCGGUGGCAGGGUGUUAUACUGAUCUAUUUUAGUUUUCAAAACAUAUUGAACGAGAUCUGUCUGAAAAAAUUCUUGAUGUGCUUUGUCUUACUGUCGAAUAAACUAUGCCCGCAAAUCUUCAGAUUAUGCGAAAAUUUCGAGUAGACUGAUCCUCAAAGUCCGUGCUUUACACUUGUUGACUAGAUCGUUUAGUUGAAAUGGCUAUGUCUACAUGAUGUUUUGAAGCAGCGUUUUGAAGAAAUGGAUUGUGCUUUGCAAAUCUGAGAUACGUGUUACUUCAAACCUAGUUGUUACACUUGAUUAGAUUUAAUUAAGAGUAAUAAGUCUUAUAUGAUGGAUAUUAAACAGCUUUGUAGCCUUUUACACGAUAACUUCGCUUAUGAUUAGAAAUUUCCAAGUUGCUUGGCUGUCGGAUAGAGCAGUAUGUUGACUAUGAUUUAUUGCGGGCACCCGCAAAUUACUAAUAAAGCUAAGCCUCUAUUACAAGAAGUGACCUAUGGUGUUAAAGCCUAGUUAUACUCUUCUGUAGUAAAAUUUUACUUGUUUUCAGGUUACUUCGCGAAAACAACGGGGACUUUCAAGUUAUCAAAUCUACUUUGCAACUCAGUUGCAACAACAAUUCAGUAUAUCAGUAUUUGUUCUGCAUAGUAACUUCAAAUGAACUAUUGUACUCUAAGCUGUAUUGGAAAAAA